AUGAGGAGCCUCCUGCUGCUGAGCACGCUGCUGGUACCUGUGCACCUGGCCACGGUCUGGAGCACCAAGUAUGCGGUGGAUUGCCCUGAACACUGUGACAGCACUGAGUGCAAAAGCAGCCUGCGCUGCAAGAGGACAGUGCUGGACGACUGUGGCUGCUGCCGGGUGUGCGCCGCGGGGCUGGGAGAAACCUGCUACCGCACAGUGUCAGGCAUGGAUGGCGUGAAGUGUGGCCCGGGGCUGAGGUGUCAGUUUUACAGUGAGGAGGAUGAUUUUGGUGACGAGUUUGGUAUCUGCAAAGACUGUCCCUACGGCACCUUCGGGAUGGAAUGCAAGGAGACCUGCAAUUGCCAGUCGGGCAUAUGUGACAGGGCGACCGGCAAAUGUCUGAAAUUUUCCUUCUUCCAAUAUUCAGUAGCCAAGUCUUCCAACAGGCAAUUUGUUUCUUACACAGAGCAUGACAUGGCAUCAGGAGAUGGCAAUGCUGUGAGAGAAGAAAUUGUGAAAGAGAACGCUGCCCGGUCUCCUGUAAUGAAAUGGUUAAAUCCACGCUGA